AUGGCCAAGACAUCAUCGCGCGGCCUCGAGUCGUCGGCAUGGGCGUCGUCGGCGCACCGGACGCAAUCGCUGCCGCCGCGGACCCCGUCGUCGGCGACGCCGCCAUCGAGAGACGCAGCAUCAUUGGCAUCGGCAUCACCGCAGGCCCAGGCCCUGGCGCGCGCGCAGGCGCUCAAGCGGUUCGAGCAGACGUGCGGCCGGCUGCGGUGGAAGUCCAUCGACCUCGAAAACGCCUACAACCGGGCCAACGCGCCCGAGGCCUGGGCGUUUGCGGCGGCCGACGCGGAGCGGAACUUCAAGGUCGACUUCCACGAGUUUUACGUCUGGAUCGAACAGGCCGUCGUGUUGCUGCUCAAGGUCUUUGGCACCUCGGUGGAGCGCGGAGUCGGCGCGGCGGGCAACGGGACGACGACGGCGGCCAGCCAGCACGCCUACCACCACAACGUGCUGCGGGCGCUCGACGACGCGGCGCACCCGCUGCACGGCGCCUUGGGCCAGGGCGACGUCAACCACGCGCUGUGGAAGGCCAAGGAGCUGCGAAACCGGUGGAAGGACGCGGCCGAGGGGCGCGAGACGCCGCCGCUCAAAAUGUACGACCUCAACUGGAUCGUCACCGAGGCCAUGCGUGGGCUCGAGGCUGCCUACGAUGUUGCCUCGGCACGCGUCCGCGACGACCUGGCUGCUGCUCAUGUCGAGGCCAGCGUUGUGCGGCAGCAGCAGGCCGCCCAGGACGAGUGGGAGUGGAUGGUUGAGCCCAUGGACUGGGAGGCCUGA